UUGAGAUCCACUCAUCUAAAGCUCGUGGUAGCGAUCGCAUUGUUGGCAACUGUCUACGUUCAUUUUGUUAAUCCGUAAGCAUUUUUUUUUGGGGGGGGGGUGGGGGAUUGUUUUCUGUUUUUGUAAUCUCUGAUUAUAAUUAAUAGAUGUACAAAUUACGAAAUUUUUAGUUCUUGUAAUAUAUGAUUAUAAUAGAAUCUGUGGUGCAGCUGGGGGGGGGAGAAGAGGUUUGGACCGCACCGGGUGACAUCAUCUCAGGAGGUGACACCAAAGUAAAAAAAAAAAUGCAUAAUUUCAGAGCACUCACUGCUCGGUCUAACCGAAUUUCAUGAAAAGGAUAACCGAUCACGCGCAAAGUUUCCAAACUUGUGACCAAUCCAAAUGCGUGCUCCAUUAAAAGUUCAAGGUAAUGCGUCAGAAAAGAUGUGAUCCUAUAACUAGGUCAGGAAGAAAAAAAUGUUUCGACCUCGAUUCAACGCCGAUUGCAGUGGUCGGUAACCUUCGUAACAGGAAGCCGUAUUUAUCUGAAUACUGAGAAAUAAAGCCUUCAAUUGAUACCAAAUACGAUGUGGCCGGACUAUUCUGUGUACAUGUUACAGUUCUUAGAUACAUUUAUCUACUGAACUUCAGUGUUGUUAUAUUCUCGACUUGCUCUUACCAGAAGAAAUCCAAAGUGGAUUUUGGAGAUCGAAGCUGGGGGGGGGGGGGGGGGGGGGGGGGGGGGGGGGGGUGUGUGGGUGGAAGAAGGUGACACCAUGAGUUUACACCACUGGAUGACACUAAUCCCAAGCUACGCCAAAAUAUAGAUGUACAAAUUAUCCACACAAGAAAACCCCACCUCAUCUUCGUUUAUUAUUCCAGUGAAAUUCCUGUAAAAUAUUAUCGUGCAUGCAAUUAUAUUUGGUAGAACGUUAUCCUAUUCCCUAUCCAGAGGUGCACUGUUUGUUCACUGGGCACAUUUUCUUCACUUGAAACACUUUUUGUCUACGCCAUGGGAAAACUCGACCGCAGCCGACGUACCGUCAGCACUGGUGACGCCACGGUAAACCGAAACCCUUGGUCUCACCAAGUCUGUCCUCCCUGGCCAGUUAAAGUCAGCACUGGUGACGCCACGGUAAAACCGAAACCCUUGGUCUCUCCAAGUCUGUCCUCCCUGGCCAGUUAAAGUCAGCACUGGUGACACCACUGUAAACCGACGCCCUUGGUCUCACAAAGUCUGUCCUCCCUGGCCAGUUAAAGUCAGCACUGGUGACGCCACUGUAAACCAAAACCCUUGGUCUCCCCAAGUUUGUUCUCCCUGGCCAGUUAAAGUCAGCACUGGUGACGCCACUGUAAACCAAAACCCUUGGUCUCACCAAGUCUGUUCUCCCUGGCCAGUUAAAGUCCACACGGAUUGAUUUUUAACACUUUUUUUGAAAAUCUUUCCUGCACGCUAAACGCUGGGAGGCCGACCAAUUAAAGAAGGAUUGAGUGUUACCAAUCGGGACUUGUCGAUAAGUCGGGCCAGGUGCCGAAUGGAGAAGUGGGGCGCUACAUAAGAUGAAAGUGGCGCCAGGACGCUUUGCAAACCGCAGACGCCCGCAAUCUCCUGGUAUUGUAUCAUAUAUAGAAACAAUGAAAGUUAUCCCCCGUGAAGCUGAGCUAGCAGGACACGGGGAAUCUAAGCAACACACGAUAAGAUAACACGGAGUCAAAACAUCCGAGGAUUGUAGAAGUUUCGCAACGCUAAGCUAAUAAAUAAUAAAUAUAUAUAUAUAUAAAGAAAGGGACGUAAGCGUUACUUUUAUAGCUGUCCUAUCUUACUCUUUAGACGUAAAAAGUUCCGUAUCGGGUUGAUGAGCGCGUGCGCAACGUUAAAAAAAAAACACGUUUAAAAACACUAGGUUGAAAAGUUGAUAUUGGUAAGUGCGUUGUCAACUCAGUUAACAAAACCAAAAACAAACAAAACAAAAAAAUCAAAAACAACAUAAAAUUCCCGCCCUAAUUGAUGAAGAUCAAAAUCUACCAGAUAUUCAAAAUCUAAUAGUUAAAUUUUUACUGUCUCCAUUAUCGAAUGCGGGCUUUUUAAAAUUCUUUAUAAAAAAUGUCAUCUAUUUUUUUAUUAUUAUUAUUAUUUUUUUAAUUUCAGCACUUUCAGGAUCAAUUUCUUUGAAAUUGGAAUCGUGAAGCAAGAGCGAACCACGGUAUCGUCUUCCAGGCAAAACUCGUCUUCUUUAACAAAUAUUUUGAAUAUUUCAAAGACACACGUUUCUUCAAAGACCGUUGCAGAGCCGGUAACCAGGCCACCAUCAAGCCCAUGUCCACCGACAAGCAGGGCAGCCCGGGUCAAGACCGGAGAUUUAUAUAUGACAGCCCCGUUCAAGGGUCGGAUCGGUAACCAGAUGUUCAUCUACGCGACCUUACUUGGCCUCGCCAGCUCGCAGAACAGGACAGCCUUUACACGGAGUGGAACCAUUCUGGAAAACGCUUUUGAGAUCACCCACGUCAAUAACACUAUCAGCACAGCGGGGUGAGUACACAAUGUUGACUUUAUAAAUGCGUCUGGGAAUACAGGGGAUGCAAAAAUAGCAUGAACUGAGCUUGUUAUAUUAUAUGGAAAAGCGAACGUUUGAAAAAAAAACAAAUAAAUAAUCGCAAGUUGAAUAAAUUGUGAUUAUUUUUUUUUAAACGUCUUUUAGUAAAGAAAUGUUUUCUCUUCGUCCUUGGCAUGCGAGAAUCGCUAAGGCUCUAGUCGACGGUGCGUAUUCAGGUGGUCUACUAGGGAGCGUGCCCACAUGGGGGAUGUGCGCUUCUUUUUUCUUUUUUUUUGGGGGGGGGGGGCGGUUGUGAGGUUGUGGGGGGGGGGGUCGUGAGCGGUGCGUUUAUUCUCUGAGAAUUGUGCUCCGUCUGCGAAUCUUCCCUACCAGCUUUUACCCAGACAGCAAGUCUGCCUCGCCUUCUGUUACCGGCUCUGCAACGGUCUUUGAAGAAACGUGUGUCUUUGAAAUAUUCUCUGAGAAUUGUGCUCCGUCUGCGAAUCUUCCCCACCAGCUUGUACCCAGACAGCAAGUCUGCCUCGCCUUCUGUUACACCGACAGCUAGUCUGCCUCGCCCGCUUGUGCUCCAACGGCGAGCCAUCUUCACCACCUUGUGUUCACCAGCUUGUGUUCCAACAAGGAGUCUGCCUCGCCGGCUUGUGUUAUGACAGUCAAUCUGCCUCGCCAUCUUGUGUUCCAACAGUGAGUGUGCCUCACCGGCUUGUGUUCCAGCAGUGAGUGUGCCUCGCCGGCUUGUGUUAUGACAGUCAAUCUGCCUCGCCAUCUUGUGUUCCAGCAGUGAGUCUUCCCCGCCAGCUUCUACGACCCCCAGCAAGUGUUUCCCGUCAAUUCAGGUCGAUGCCCCAUAAUUUAAGUGCAAUUUUUAGCCUAUGUUUUACACUCUUAUUGCGAACCUCAAGCUGGCCAUUUGCCUGCUGUCACCUGACAUUCUCGCGACAUGCCCUGCAUAUUUGGCAAUGUGUGGGUGCUGUUAAAACCAGCCUUUUUUGUGGUGUUUCUGUUAUCAGUGACUUUGUCUUUCUACCCUAUGCCUAGAAGUUUGAGUAAAAAAGUAUGUAGGGAUGGUUUACUUUGUCUAGAAUGUCUGCUAUCCACCGUCCAUGUCCUUCUGUUGCAUAGGACAGUUGUUAACUCGAUGCGCUUUAUACCUUCAGCUCAGUGACAAGACUAAGACACAUCCGCUCACAGACACUUCAGCGUAUUGGUCUUCCGAAAGCAACAUUUGCUAUGGAAAUUCGUGUGUUGAUCUCACCAUCUGUGGUUACUGACAUUGAUAAGGUGUUGACCAAAUAUGUAUAUUUCCCCACUGUUUAGAGACUAUGUCCCUUUACUAAAAGCUUUUUGCUCUCUUUGAAAUCAUCCUGGAGCGCGCCGGUGCAAGCUCUGUCAUUUGUUAUUUUUUUUUUUAUUGUAUUGAUGGCGAUGGUGUAGCUGUUGCAGGGGUUAGCUAAAUGAUUUAUGUAAAUUAUAAACGUAAGAAGGAUCCACGUACUAUCGAGUUGUCUUGUGGUGUAUUAAGAUUGAUAACUAAAUUGGUUGGUAGUGAGGUAGUUAUUGAGGAUAUUUGGUAGGUAUGUGUGCAGUUAUGUAAGUAGAUGAGUUGUUAGGUAGCAAACGGUAUUUGUUUAUAUAGGAAUCUUGAUAAUUUGAAAAUAAGCCAUUACGAUAAAAUACUUAUAAUUUUUUUUGUUUAAACAAAUAUAUGACUGAAUUAGAUGGUAAGGAAAAAACUGAUAAACGGCGAUGGUAUUGAUUUUUUUAUUAUUUUUUUAAAGCAAACAGUUGCAAUUCACCAAAAGGUAUUUUGUAGUCUCGUAUGUUAGCGUCAUAAAUGAGAAGUCAACCAGUUAUUUUAUUGUAGAGAGUUAAAUUACAUGUAUUAUUUCCCUUUCCUGUGACAUUGUCAUUAGCGUGAGACGGCAUGCAAGCGAACGCCGAUGACUCUCAAUCAUAUUUCCUGUUAAAGCGAUUUUUAAUACAGUACAUAAAAUAAUCUAAUAAGCACUGGAUUAUUCUUGCUGUUAUCCGGAGUCUAACUUUUUGUUGUUGUUGUGUAUACUAUACCUCACCUACGGAAAAUAUCUCCGUGCAUCGACUAUAUAAGUCGCUGUAAAUGCCAAAAGAGGAUUGACUGCCAUCAAAUAUAUGAUGUUUUGAUUUUUUUUUUCUUUUUAUGACGAGUCUAAUUAUGAAUAAAAGUUACUGAGUUGAAAACCAAAGUGUUUCAAUGGGCUCCAAAGUUAGGCAGCACUCAUUCGAACUGACGUGAGUCCAUAUAGGGACAAAAUGUGAGCAACCUUUAUUGGCUAGAAAAUACAUUCCGAUGAAUAAACAAAUCCCAUUCAGAUCAACUGCAUGACUACAGACAAAUUUUAUUUUUUUAUGAAAAUUCUAAUACGUGUGUGUCCUUUAACAUACUUCGCCUGAGAAUCCAGACAGGCAAUCCAUAUAAUUCAGAGGCUCUCUAAAGAAAACCAAGGAAAUGCAAUAACUGUCACAUUUAUUUCAUACCUUGAUUGCAACAAUUAGGCUUAAAAUAUCUAAAAAUUUCGAUUUCCAGGCCUUUCCAAAAAACAACAACAUCUGAUUCAAGGCCACUGUGUUUACUGUAAUUUAAGUGUGUGUGUGUGUGUGUGUGGUGUGUGUGUGUGGUGUGUGUGUGUGGUGUGUUUGUGUGUGUGUGGUGUGUGUAUGGUGUGUGUGGGUGUGUGUGGGGUGUGUGUGGGGUGUGCGUGGGGCGGGAGUGUGUGUGGGGUGUGUGUGAUGUGUGUGUGGUGUGUGUGUGUGUGUGUGGUGUGUGUGUGGUGUGUGUGUGUGUGUGUGGUGUGUGUGUGUGGUGUGUGUGUGGUGUGUGUGUGUGUGUGUGGUGUGUGUGUGUGUGUGUGUUUGUUUCGGUAAGGCUAAAGGAAUGUUAUGCUUUAAAAAAAUCAAAUUCUGUGCCUAAUCGACGCAUACAACCAAAUGAGUCAUCAUGAAUUUCAUGGGCACAUGGAGGGCCCCUUGUGAGUCCUAGGUCCGGGCACCAGUGUUUCUUUACUGCAGUGACGCUACCCUACUUUAUAGUUGGCUAAAACGUAUACUUAAAAUAUAACGCUUCCAGUGCGACACAUGAGAAACAUGCGAAACAUGCCCAACAUGUCGGACCAAAGCAACAAAAUAAAGAUAUAUAAAUAUGCUAACAUAAUGCCAAAUUACAAAUUCUUUCAGUAUGUUUUAUUUAAAUAUUUUCAUUUCACUCGCAUUUCCAACUGGUCUGUCGUAAUUUUGUUUUGUUUACAAAAUCUUUUAAAAACUUUGAGGAAAACUUUGAAGAAAUUUACACAUCCAAAUAUUUAACACAAAAUAUUUCGAGAAAAUUAUACGUACGUUAAAAUUAAUAAUGAUGACCACCUUUGCUAGUUGCUCCUUAUUUUUUGAACAACUUCGAUGGUUUUAAUUUUUUUUUCCCCCCGCGUAAUUCUGUUUUAAAUUUUACAGUAAUCUGGGUAUCUCUUUUUACCUCCACUAUUUUCCUCAGAUUCCGAACUGUUGGAGAAUCGAAGUUCGCAACAUUUGAUGCCAGACUCCUGAAACUCUCAAGAGAAAACAUAACUCUUGCGGGCUACUUCCAAGUCUGGAAAUAUUUCAGGAACAUUGACGAGUACAUUAGAAGAGAGUUCACACUCAGGGCGGCCAUGCGCGAACAGAUAAACGAACUCUUGGACAAGUUCAGAGGGGACGUCAAGGGGCACAUCCUCGUUGGCGUCCAUGUAAGACGCGGGGAUUUGCUGUUCAGCAAAUUCAAAAGAUAUGGCUACGGUGUCGCUAAGGCCUCAUAUUUUAUGAAAGCGUUCGAGAGAAUGAGGUCAAUGCUAAACAGUUCGGACGUUACAUUUGUCGUAGUGAGCGAUGACCUAGAGUGGUGUCAUGAGAAUUUGAAUUCUACAGACGUGCAGAUACUGGAGCCUGGUUCAGCCGUGUUGCACUUUGGUGUCCUGGCCAGCUGCGAUCACGUGAUAAUAUCUGGCGGCACCUACGGCUGGUGGGCGGCCUGGUUGGCCAAUGGCAUCACCAUUUACUACGACAGAUUUUUCAUUAAUGGAACAGAUUUAAUGAGAGGCGUUUCCUUACAAGACUAUUAUCCCCCAGAAUGGGUUGCUCUUGGCGAUUAAAAGCAAAAAAAAGUUUGUUAAGAGUUUGUUAAAAAAUGUCCC